AUGGUUUUAGUAUUAAAUUUCUUAUAUGAAAUUACUAAAUUAAAUGAAGAAAAUAAUACUAAAGAAGAUGAUAGUGUUAGUACAUCAGUAUGGGUUGUUAUGUCAUGUAUUAUUGUUUCUUUUUUUGUAAUAUUGUUAUUUAAUAUUGUAUUUUUUGUAAUUAAGAACUGUUUCUUAAAUGAACCUUCAAUUAUUGAAGAUGAAGAAAAUAAACAAAUUAAAAUUAUGGAAUUAGAAACAAAUCAAAUGAUGGCACCUAUUUCUCCUAUGAAAAUAGAAACACCAUCAAAUUUCUCUAAAGCUAUCACUCCUUCAAGACUACCUUCAAGACCUACUUCUAGGAUAUCUCAAAAUUCUGUAAAACAAAUUUCUAAAUCAUCUACUCCAUCCCAAUUAUCAACUACUCAUUUGCAUCAAAUUUAUCAAGAUACAAAAGAAACUCAAAAAUCUUCAUCGUCAUCAUCUUCUCCUAUUUCCUCAAUUAGUCGUUCAGAAACUCAAAACAAUUAA